AAAUAUUUACUUCCGCCAUUUUUUUUGUGGAGUCGGGGGCUGUAAAUGUUCAUGAUAGGAAAGAUCCUUUUCUAGUGGUGUGUUGAUGAUAAUGGAUCUACAAUAUUGAUAGAAGGGUCACUGAUGUCAGGAAGACACCAAUUUCAUUGUUUUUAGCGGAAGUCAUUGGAUAACAACCGGCUAAAUCUUAUCUUCAACUUUUGCUUGACGUGUCAACACUAUCGGUUUCCCGGAAGUUGUCAAUGCGCACGACUCGGAUUACUGUCAUUCAAGAAAGGCUAUUAAUUUUAGAAUGCUGUAAUCGUUUACCGAUAGAAUGUGGCUUAAGCUUUGUUUGUUAUUAAUUUAUGUAACAGCCCUGUUCAUAAUUGCUCGCUUAAUAGAGGCCGUGACAUGGUACGAAACAGGUUCGCUGUCACGUCGAUUGCUGGACCCAAUGACUCUUUCAGUGAUGAAAUUAAAGGCCCUGUUGCAUCAACGAGGAGUCACGUAUGAUAGUGUAGUUGAAAAGUCUGAUCUUACACAGUUGGUAGAAGGAACAGGUCCAGCCAUGGAAGAUGAAGUUGAACUCUCGUUAUCUGAGGAAUCAUCUACUGAUGAAACUGUUUUUGAAUCUGGGGCUCAUUUUUAUGAACAAGUUGAGGACGCAAAAGAUAGUGUUUGGAUGAUUUUCGUUUCUAUGGGUGAAACCAGCAACCUGAGAUUUAUUUCGGACCAAACCUGGAAAUCAAUAAAAAAGAGGGUUUUGAGAUUCGGUGUUCGUGCAGGGGUUAUGGACUGUACUAGAUAUCCAAGGUACUGCCACGCUAGAGGUUUAACAUCACCACGAUUACUGUUAGCUUUACCACAAGACUUCAAGACAAAAGCCAGUGUCAAGAUGCACACCUAUACUGGUUCUCCUAGAGAGUCGGCCAUCAAUAUUUGGAUUCAUGAUAAACUAGAUGAAAAAAUCAACACAAUAAAUAGCUACAAAGAGUUCAAAUACAAUUGGUUGAAAUAUAAACAUAAUUUUCUGGAUCCGGAAAUUCGUACUGUUUUAUUUACCAAAGAAGGAGUGAUGCCGAUGUUUUAUUCUGCUUUAAGUUUACGAUUUCCUGGCAGAGUCCGUUUUGGAAAAGCUGAUAUGAAACAUUCACUUAAAGAUGAAUUUUCGUCCUAUUUUAAGAAUAAUUCAAAGACAUCCGGACCAUUGCCACAUUAUCUUAUCAUCACACCCGAAGAUAAAUUUCUUUAUGGAAUACAAAGAGGGGAAUAUUUGACGUUUGAGUCAUUAGAAAUAUUUUUAAAAUCACUCUACCCAUCCCUGAAUGAUCUGUUUAUUCUUAGUUUUGUUAUCGUUAAUGUUAUGAGUUGGUUUGAGUUUUUCGAGGUUCAGGGAACGUUUUUCAAAAGACUGCGGAAACUUUUAUGGUGUGUGAUAAAAUAUAAUGUUUUGUUGAUAAUGAUGUGGUUACCGUUGGUGGGGUUAUUUUCACUUCCUUAUUUUGAGAAACUUAUAAUGAUUGGGUUAAAAUUUGUGCGUUUCAUUUCAACAUCUUCCUUCGCAAGUCUGAUCCGAAAAGAUUUCUUAUUUUACACCAAACAUGUUUUCAGUUUAGCAUCCUCAUUUCUCAUGUAUGCCUUAAUCAUUGGAUUUGUCCAGUACAAAAAAGGUGAUAAUGGCACAGAAGCGGACAGUCCCGAAGAAGACGAUUUAUGGAACUUUAAUCAGAUGCGAACCUUGGAACACCUGAUUCGGCCAGCCGAUAGUAUUGGUCAGCUGGAAGCUGGUUUUGGCAGAUUCGGUUCAAUUUCAAGUCCGACCCUUUGGUUGAGACCUUCUGGAUCAGUUGAUUACAUUCAACAAUUACCGACUUGGAAAUUCCAAGUUUCAAAAUUCCCAACUACUGAAAGCAAAGAUCCAAAUAGGCUAGAAAUAUCAAAUCAAGGAACGAUGGCUGGUAAAACUAUUGAAGAAAUAGGAUCGACUGGAAUUUAUGAUACUGAGAAGAUGAAUAAAGAAAUCCAAUAUGAUGGAAAGCUAAUGGCCGAUAUUUGUAUGAAUGCUUGCUUUCCACCUGGCUAUCUACCAAACACACAAUGUGUUAUCUGUUUGGAUGACUACAUGCACGGCAUAAUAUUAUGUGGCCUUCCUUGCAGACAUUCAUUUCAUGAAAAGUGCAUUUUAUCUUGGUUGAACAGAGAUAAUCAUUUCUGUCCAGUUUGUCGAUGGCCUGCUGAUCAGCCUAAAAAUGUUACCCUACAUUUACAUUGUGAAUAAACAAGGAAUAUAAAAUACAAUCUACAUUUAUGUAUUCAACAGAGAACAGACAAAUAUUUUAGCAUGAUUUAUCACUUUGAAAGAAAACAUACAAAAUGACUCACUUAAUUAUAAUGUACAUCCCUUAGUGUUUUUUUUUGUUUUUUUUUUAACAUCCUUUGAUGUCUUGCAAGCAGAAAUUUCUGAAUAAAACCUGUGUGACGUGAUCAUUUUAUUGACCUUUGGACUUUUAUGAUUUUGUGGAAAUUCAGUGGAAUAAUGAAUUAGAUAAUGAAAUGUAGAAACCAUCGACAUGAUGUUUGUAUUGAACUUGGUUAUAGUGAUCUGAACAGUAAUUAUAAAAGUACUAUUUUCAUAGUUAUUAAAAAUGUUUUGCCCUGUCCUUAUUAUAAAGCCUGUAGCCUAUGUUAAUUUUAAAGGUUAAAAUUGUUAUUGUUAUUAGCCGCAUCUGUGAUUACUCAUAAUUGUAAAAUAGUAAUAAUAAGAUAGUGUAAAUUAAUUAGAAUACAAUGAUUAUUAAUUAACAAAUGAAUUUUGCUCUAUACCGAUUAAAUAUAAUAUGAAAUGGGUUUUAAUGUCCUAUUUUUGGCAACUUCCAGAAAACAGGAUAUUUCGAUAAAUCUAAUUAUAUUAGCUUAGAGAUUAUAAGAAUCGCUGAUUUCUUAUGCUGCACAAGUGCAAAUACUGUCAAUGAAAUUAUCAAAAGACAAAUUUAAUUUUACAAUCAUGAAAGUUAUGAUCUUACAAGGAAUUUAUGAUAAUGUGAGUUGGCUAUCGUGGAUGUUAAAUAGCAUGCAAAAAUGUUAUCAUUUCUAGGUGUUGCUUAUCCUUUAUAAGGUAACCACAAGAAUUUAUUGUGUGCAUGAUAUCAGUGUUUAGAUUGCAGUUGAUUGGCCAGUGCAUUACAUAUAAAUUUUCAAGUCGCAUUAAUAUUUUAUUGUAUUGAAUUCCUGGAGCAAAAUUUCAUGUUUUACAGAAUUAUUAAUUUGACAUUCUUAGCCAGUUUAUCAAAGGAACCUUUUAAUAAGUAAAUGAAUAUUAAUGUAUUAAUAUGUUAUUUAUAAUUUCUCCUAUAAUUGUAGAAGAACUAACCAUAUUUGAUCAUGUUUGUUAUUUUUGGGUGAAAAUAAAUGCUUUUCAAACCAGAAAUGAAAUAAGGUUUAACUUCCCACUUUUCUGCACAAAUUGGCUAAUGGAGACGUGGACACCAUGGACCUUAUUAUAAUGUAAGAUCCAUGCAUAGGCUACACUAUGUGAACAUACACCCUUUUUUUUUUAAACCAGAAAAUUGCCUUAUUACCAGGAAGCAAGCUUUAUUCACAAAUAAUUUAAUGCCGUGAUUUCAAAAAUUACUAUCAAAUUAUAACAUGCUUGGUCUCUUUUGGCUGUUUUGAUUUUUAUGGAGUUCUGUAAAAAUUUAUGCAUUGGUUUUCUUACAUACAGUACUUUUCGCAGUGUUUCGUUUAAUUAGACCUAAUCCCAUUUAACACUGCUGUAAUGGAAGCAAAUUUCUGUUCCAAAUUAUGACUGGUCAAUAGUCCGAUUAACAACCAAUAACAAACUGAGUACUAAAUAUUAUUCGGCUUUAAACAGAGCUCCAAAUUGAACCAAAUAUAUUUACAUAACGGUACAUCGGGACUCACGAAAUUUAUAACGCCCAAUUAACCAGUUCAUAGCAGAAUAUUGCAGAAAAACUAAUUGCGGGACAAACAAGGCUAUCAAACGGCUACAUUGUAAACAAUACUGUUUGGAGACAAACAAUACUCUCACCAUUUUUAAUACCUUAAAACACUGUCUAAAGUUUAGGGAAGACCCCAGAUUAAACGAAGGGCUGUCAUGUUGCUGUACUUGAUAGAUUUGAUUGAACGGGAAGAAUAGACACACUCCCUCAAAAGCUCAAGUAUCAGAAGCCAAUCCAGCAAUGAACAGAGAGGGAUUUCUUGGGCCAUUGCUUCAGGAAUAUGGUUUUCUUAUUGUAUACAGGACUAGAAAUAUAUACUAGUAUAUAUAUCGGACUACAUCAAAAUAAUUUGGUAUUGCAAUCAUUCUUUCUAAAGAACUCAUGAAGGAGAACUAUUAUAUUUUAUUUUUUAUCAAGUAUUACUAUAGUUUCGAGUAGGAAUAACCUGAAGCGAAAUUGAUUUUGCCUUUAAUUGACACACCAGCUGUGGUGAUACCAGGAGAACUGUCAGUCACUGUAUCAUAAAUCAACAACCUGCAAUGUGAAUACAUAAAUCAGUGGACUGAAGAAGAUUAUUAUAACAGAUGUUGUAUUUGUUUACAGUUCCUGACAGUUUCCUCAUAACAUCACAGCCAGCGACUUAUUUGAAUCAACUUAAAUGAUUCAUAUUUCAGGUUUUGAAUUCUGGACUAAUUUUAAUAGAUAAAAUGUAACCAAAUA